UGGAGAUGAACCAGCAGGAACUGGCCGACACACUGAGGGGCGGAAUGGUCUCUGCUACCACUUCUGGGUCUGAAGAGAACUUCUCAUGUCCCAUCUGUCUGGAUGUGUUCAACAGCCCAGUCUCCACACCAUGUGGACACAACUUCUGCAGAACCUGCAUUACAGAGUUCUGGGAUGACAAAGACCAGUACAAAUGUCCAGUUUGCAACGAGCUCUUUCACACACGACCUGAUAUACAGGACAAUACCCUCUUAUCAGAGAUGGUCAAUCAGUUUAGAAGGUCUGUACGAGUAAAAGAGCAGCCUUGUGUUGAACCAGAAGUUCCCUGUGACAUCUGUACUGGGACCCAGCUGAAGGCCGUGAAGUCCUGCCUAGUGUGUUUUAUCUCUUACUGCCAAACCCACCUGGAGCCACAUCAGAGAGUCACAGUUUUGAAGCGCCAUGAGCUGGUCGAGCCUAUGGACCGUCUGGAAGAGAAGAUGUGUAAGAAACACAACCAACUUCUGGAGCUCUUCUGCCAGACUGAACAGGUGUGUGUGUGUCAGUUAUGCACAGUGACGGACCACAAGUCCCAUCCUGUUGUACCUCUGAAGGAGGAAUAUGAACUGAAGAUGGCCCAGCUGGGCGAGAUAGAGUCUGAAGUUCAGCAGAUGAUCCAGGAGAGACAACGAAACAUUGAGGAGAUCAAGGAUAGAGAGGAACGCUGCAAAGCAGACGCGGCCAGUCAGAUCGCCCCUGGUGUCCAGGCGCUCAAUGCCCUGAAGGACUGCAUUGUAGAUGGCCUGGAAAACCUAGACCAGAUGGUUAAAGAGAAACUAAAAUCCACAGAAGAACAAGUUUCAGGCCUAGUCAAAGAGCUGGAGCAGGAAAUAGAAGAUAUAAGGUCAGAGGUGAAGCAGCUCUCACACAUUGAAGACCCCCUCCACUUCCUCCAGACGUUGAGAUCCCUGAAUAAUCCUCCAGACACCAGGGACUGGACGACGGUGGAGAUCCAAUGUCCGUCAAUGAUGAUGUCCUACAUAGAUAACCUGAUGGGGCUGAAGAAAACGCUGAACAGAAGCAUGAGAUAUACCUGUAGACUUACACUGGAUGAAUACACUGCCCACGAGGAACUGUCUUUGUCUCUGUUUAACAGAAAGGUGACAAGGGAUGAAAAGUUUUAUGCAUUCCGUACUUACCCACAGAAAUUUGACUCCUUGCACCAGGUGUUGUGUAGAGAGGGUCUGACUGGCCGCUGUUACUGGGAGGUAGAGAGGGACGGACCGGUUGAGAUAGGAGUGACAUACAAAGGAAUCCCAAGGAAAGGAAAUGGAGGGAGUCUUGCACGGCACAACCAGGCCUGGUGUCUUUAUUGUCGGGAUGAUCGUUACACCGCCUGUCACAAAGGUAGUAAGACACGCAUAUCUCUCCCCCCUGCUGGCUCCACCAGAGUAGGAGUGUAUCUGGACCGGCCUGCUGGCACUCUGUCCUUCUACAGAGUGUCCCCAGAUGGGGACGAUUCCUCAGACACACUGAAACACAUCCACACCUUCCAGUCCACAUUCACAGAGGAACUCUAUCCUGCGUUUGGAAUGUGUGCGCUUGAUUCCUCAGUGAAGCUGUGUUAGUUGUAGUCAAACAUACAUGUACGCGCGCACACACACACACACACACACACACACACACACACACACACACACACACACACACACACACACACACACACACACACACACACACACACACACACACACACACACACACACACACACACCAUUAAAUGCAUAUAUAAAUUGCAAAGACAUGUGCAUAUAUAUUAAUUAUAAUAUAUCAUCAAAAUAUUGCGACAAGUUAUGGUAGUAUCUCUUGGUAGUUCAUAUCUUUGCCUUCUCUGUAUUCCAACAGCUGGGCUGUGUUACUUAGCGGUCAGAGGUCAAAUGAAAUGGGUAGUAAAUGAAACAAUACAAAUACUUUUUCCUUUAAGGUCUUCCAUAUGGUUAACUGACUAAGCAGAGGUUACAAAGAUCUAUUUUAAAUUUUGAUAUUUAUUUUUAAUUUGAUUGUUUAUGCAUCUUUUUAAACCACAGUAUACUAGAGUAUUUCUUUUUUUUACUAAUGCUAAUGGGUUAUUCAAUCAGGUUUACUUUUGAUAAGCCAUACAUUGACCCUGAUUUAAACCAGAUUUACUACGUCUAUGGGAAAAGCUAAUGGAGUUCAUGUGAAUGACAUUUACUGCUUCAUCCUAGGCCUAUUUCUGUUUAUUUUCCUUUUCCUAACGUACUCAAAGUAUAUAGGGUAUAUCUCUAGAACUGCAGGGACUAUAAUCUGUAAUCUUGGUACCAAAAGAAAGAUAACACCUGUGAGAUUGUUCUGCAAGAUGUAUAAUACAUGUGGAUAACACGUGAUUAGAGUAAAUAAAGCUACAACAUAGCAUAAGUGGAAGAUUUAAUUUCUGCCUGAAAUAAAUGUCAGGUUUUAGAUUGAAUACCACUGAGUGCAUUAACAGCUAGUAGCCCUAAUGGGCCAUAGCACAACGUCUGAUUAGUACCUGGGUCAAGAUUUGAUGGCAAUGAAGUGUAGAAGACCAAAUAUAGAGAAGUUUUAGCAGAGGUAGGUUUAGACAAUCACAAUUGCGCCGUGUUCCGCUACAUGGCACACAGAUUAAGAAUGUGUUUUCUGAUUUAAGGCAAUUAACCUAUUUCCUCUAAGACCCUCUCUCAUAGUGUGCAUUGAUUGUAAACACCAUGUUUAUUUGCAAAGACACUGGAUUUCCCAUUGAAGCUGGUAGUAACAGAGUGAUAUGGUAUGGAGUGAGGAAAUCAGUGGAGCCUCAGGUUUCAUAGGAUAGAUAGUUUGUGAAGAUCAAAUGAUCGCAAAUGAUGAAAGAUCGCAAUUGCUGUGCAUGUGCAGUUGUGAAAUACGUAACCUUUUGUUACAUGCGUUAUAUUGUUUGGGGUUAGAAUUGUCUUUCACUUGGUGAACAAAGGUUAUGAUAGACAAAAAGUGGAGAAUCUAUUCAUAGUAGGGGUGUGUCUGCUCUUCAUGUGUUUCAAGGCCUUCAAAGCUCUUUGCAAUUGGGCUGGGGAGAGACUUUUCGCCCGGAUACGGGUCAUUUCGGGAUCAAGAGGUUAGACUGAAUAUUGAUUCCUUGUGUUUUGUUGUGAACACGGCAGCAGAACAUGUUCAGUUACUAAAGAAACGCGCACACCUGUCCUGUUUAUGAUUUGUAAUUGCUUGUACUUCUAUUAUUUUAGUCACCGUCUGUGCACAUAUAAGGAACAAUUUAUUAUUUGUAUUUAACAAAAUCAUAAUAAACCAUUCAGUGGAUCAA